UUAGGGUUCCGCCCACCGAGGUAUCUCUGAUCGCAGGGCAGACAGGCAGAGUGUAAAAUGGCGCACAGCUGUCGGUGGCGGUUCCCCGCUCGGCCCGGAGGGAGCAGCAACUCCGGUACCGGGAGGAGAGCGGGCCGAAUCAGGAUAACCGCCUCUCUGCGGAGUGUAUCGGGAGCCCACCCCAACGCAGCUGGGCUCGGACCCGGGUUUGACGCUGCACUACAGGUCUCUUCGGUGAUCGGGAGCAACCUGCAGAAAUUUCGGGAUGUUUUAGGGGAAUCGAGCGACUCGAGCAGCGGGGAGGAAGAACCAUUUAGGGGUUUUGGAACAGAUGCUGAGCAGAAAAGAAUACAGACACAUUCAACCGCCUCUUCAGUGAGCCCACCCAUACAGGAAAAGAAACCCAGAGGCCGACCCCCACGUGUACUGACUUCCCAGAAGGCUUCUGCAGGUCUACCUUCAUCCCCAUCCAUUCCCUCCCCCCCACAGUCACAACUUGAGGGCAUUGAAAGGCCAGCAGAAAAGGUGAAAAGGCUGCCUGGGAGGCCACCUGGAAGUGGUGAGAAAAGAAGAGGUCGACCUCCAUCUACUGGCAGCAGGAAGCUUUGGACUACAGGCAGUCAUGCAGCAGGGGAAGAUAGUAGGCAACCUGGAACUGAGUUGGGAAGGGUCACAGAAGAGGACGAAGACAGAAAGUGCAUCAAAAGGAUGCCACUGGCUCAGCCACAUGACUGUGAGGCAAAUCUUUCCAAAGGUGGACGGGGUGAAUCCAAAGCUACCAACCUGAAGAGGCUGAAGGUGACUAAACUAAGUCCUCUAAAGUCCCGGCUCAAAACUUUGCCCGGUGUACCUCGCCGCAGACGUGGGCGACCACCCUCGGCCGAGCGGCUCAAAGCUGAGGCAGCAGCUGCUGCGGCUGCUGCUGCUGCACAGCUGUCUACCUCUGUUGAAUGUGGGGACGGGAAACACAAGGCUUUUAGGGUCAAAGGAGGUGAGAGGGGCACAGUACCACACAGUCCCCAGCAGUCAGUGGUGGGGAUUGUGGAUGGAGAUGAGAACCCGGAUGCUGCCAGUCCACCUGCCUCUCCAUCUCCCUCCAAGCUAGGUCGGACUAUUGGCCUCAGAAAAAGCCCUCGCCAUCGAAAGCCUGUGAGAAUCGUCCCCUCCUCUAAACGCACUGAUGCAACCAUUGCUAAACAGCUUCUGCAGCGCGCUAAAAAAGGAGCACAGAAGCGACUAGAGAAAGAAGCCAGCGGGGGUAGUGGGACAGGAGCCAUUGAAGCUGGCAUUAGGAAGACCCAGCUAAAGAAUAUCAGGCAGUUCAUAAUGCCUGUGGUCAGCACAGUCUCCCUUCGCAUCAUAAAAACCCCCAAGCGUUUUAUUGAUGAUGAGGGCAGCUUUGGAACUCCGCAGCCACAUUUGAAAAUGCCACGAUUGGAAACCCCCUCAUCUGUUUCCACAUCUGCCCAACCCACCUCCACCACUUCAUCUUCACCCUCACCUGUGCUGGCAUCCUCUACACCUGCUGUUACUAACACUGGUACUAUUGCUCCCAUGGAUUCCCUCCCCCCUCCUCUACCUCCUGCCCCUGUUCCCACUGCUUCAUCAACAGCUGCCAGUCUGCUCAACAGCAACACAACCAAUGCAGCCAAUGGGCGGUUUAGCAGUAGCGCUGCAUCCUGUGGGUCAAGUGCUGUGUCGCAGCAUUCCUCCCAACUCUCCUCUGCAGAGUCUUCCAGGUCCAGCAGCCCAAGCUUGGAUGACUCGUCAUGUGACUCCCAGGUGUCUGAAGCCACACAGGCUUUGUCAGAGGCAGAGGAUCACUCUCCGUCCUCGCAGGGAGAGAGGGAUGGCAACCUGUUGCACAGCUCACGACCCCCCUCCCCUCCCUCUGAACCGGAGCCAGAGCAUGUGCCAGAGAGGAGUCGACGAGGCCGGAGAGGUCAGGGAGUCAGCCGGGGCACUCAGAGGGUGAGAGAGAGGCUCCCCACUGGGGGUAAAAAGCCCAUUAUCAGUCCAGCAACAGGUGUUCUGAUGCCCUCUACACUUGUAAAUUCACAGCAGGCUUCGUCCACAGCCUCUUCCCCCUCCUCACCUCCACCUCCCCCUCUCCUCGCCCCUCCACAGGCUCCCCCGUCAGUUUCCUCCAAUACAGCUGCUGUCAGUGAACACCACCCACAGUCAUCCUGGAUGCCUCAUCCCAUUCCGCCAUUUUUGCCUGGACCAUCAGUGCUGUCCAGCUUGCAAGACAAACGAAGCCGUUCAAUUCUGAGAGAACCCACCUUCCGUUGGACUUCAACAUCCCACCCUGAAAGGCAGUACUUUUCCUCUGCUAAAUAUGCCAAGGAGGGCCUAAUACGUAAACCCAUCUUUGACAACUUUCGUCCUCCUCCUCUCACUGCAGAAGAUGUUGGGCUAUUGCCCCAAAGUGGAGGUGGGGGAGCUGCUCCAGUUCCGUUUCCUUCACCGGGCAGUGGAGCGGGUACAGGGACUCGUUUAUUUGCCCCUCUACAUUCCCAUACUCACCACCAGCAUCCCUCCUCUUCUCGCUUUGAUGCACCACUCCAGAAGCGCAGCCCGUUGCUUCGCGCUCCACGUUUUACACCCAGUGAGGCCCACUCUCGGAUAUUUGAGUCUGUCACCCUGCAUUCAUCCUCUGGAAGCAGCCCUGGCUCUCUCUCACCACACCAGACAUCCUCCAGCUCUAGCAAAACCUCGAGACGCAGGAGACGAUUGGACUCAGGAGCAGUGCGUGGCCACCCACGUUCUCCUUCCCACUCAAUGACCACACGCAGCAGCCAGUUUGGAGGCCAGGUCUCUGGAGGAAAAGGAUCCUCUGAGAUGUCAGGGCUUAUGGGCUCAGUCUCCAGUAGUAACCCCAGUUCUUUGCCAGGGGGCUCUGCAAGUCCACUAGCCACUAGUGCCUUAACAGCACCUUUCAGCACCUUCCCCAGUGUAUCUCUUGGUCUGUCCUCACAAGGGACAACUGAUAGCAGGAGGGGUUCUGCUGGAAACACACCUUCUCUGUCGACUACAUCAUCCGCUUCUUCCCCACUUUUCCCUCUCUUUCCCACCAGUGCCCAUGACUCGGGGCGAGGAGGUGGGAAAGGAGGUAAAGACAAAUGCCUGGCAGCUUCUCAGGAACCUGCUCCAAAGGAAAAAGAAAGGGGCUCUGAGAAAAACCGCGAGAAAGAAAAAGAAAAUAAGAAAGAAGUGAGGAAGGAGGAGAAAAGAACUAAGGUUUCUUCACCAGAUGGAUCAUCCAAUCCGCCUUCCAGCUUGUUCACUGUGGAUGGGAAGGACUCAGAAGAUGCUCAUUCACCUCUUGCUCCAAAGAAAACUCCAGGAAGAAAAAAAUCAACAUCAGUUGACACGGUUUCUGACACUGCUUCCUCAGAGGUGCGUGGGCCCCAGUCUUCUGUUCCAGUGUCCACUGCUAAAGAACGUGUACCUAAGAAAGGCAGACCUUCCGAGAAAGCAGCAGAGAUGGAGGAUGGAGAUAAGGAGAAGGAGAAACAAAGUGCGCCUAGCCAGCAAACAGCAAGCCUUCCAGGGCAGCCAGGCAGACCGCCGCUCCCUGUCUCUUCUCUUGGAUCAAUGCUGGCGCAAGCAGAGAAGCAGCCUGUGACUGACAAGCGAGUAGUUGGACUGCUGAAGAAGGCCAAAGCCCAGCUUUUCGAGAUAAAGAAGAGCAAGCUGAAACCUGCAGACCAGACCAAGGUCCAGGGUCAGGAGAGUGACUCGUCAGAAGCUUCAGUACGCGGACCACGCAUCAAGCAUGUAUGUCGUCGUGCAGCAGUGGCUCUGGGACGUAAUAGGGCAGUGUUUCCUGACGACAUGCCCACACUUAGUGCCUUGCCAUGGGAGGAGAGAGAGAAGAUCCUAUCUUCAAUGGGAAAUGAUGACAAGUCAUCAGUAGCUGGCUCAGAGGAAGCAGAGCCUCAGUCCCCUCCAAUAAAGCCACGCGAGACACGUCAGAAGGCCAUUCAAGAAGCUCCUCCUAAAAAGGGUCGUCGGUCUCGACGCUGUGGCCAGUGCUCGGGCUGCCAGGUUCCAGAGGAUUGCGGUGUCUGUACUAAUUGUCUCGACAAGCCUAAGUUUGGAGGACGAAACAUUAAAAAGCAGUGCUGCAAGAUAAGGAAGUGUCAGAACUUGCAGUGGAUGCCCUCAAAGAUGUUCCUUCAGAAGCAAGGCAAAGGCAAGAAGGACAAGAAAAAGAAGUCUGAGAAAAGGGAUGGUCUCAGUCUGGUUAAAGGACCAAACUCAGAGUCUGGCCUCAAACCUGCUCCCGUUCAACUGAAGGAGGAGUCUUCCCGCAAGAAGAGUGAAACGCCUCCUUUAAAGCUGGGAGACGAGAAGUCAAGACAGCAGCCUUCAUUAAAGCAAUCAUCUCCAGCCCGCGCAUUGUCACCUGCCUCAGUUGAAGAUCCUGAGGCCCCAGACACAGACGCAGUCACAGCCCAGGGUCUGUCUCCAACUGUGACUGAUAUCAAACAGCUCUCAGUCACAAGCAGUACCAGUGGAAAGAAGGGGCACAAACAUCAGCAACAUGUACCAGCAUCCUCCUCUUCGUCAUCGUCCUCUUCCAGUUCAUCGUCUUCUUCAUCCUCAUCAUCUUCCUCCUCAACAUCUUCGGCACAGAACUCCCCCUGCCAGUCUACACAGUCUCAUCAAGCAUCCCAGCAGCAACAGCGACCUCCUAAUAGUCAAGCACCUUCAAAAAAGGAAGCUUCUCCCAAGAUUACGCUGAACGAAGCCAAGAAGAAACUUCAGGAGCAGUCAUCCCAACAUCAGAGCUCACCCACAAAGAUUUCAGAUACAGCUGAAUCAAAAUUGUUAAAGAAGGCAACUUCUCGCACUGCUCCUCCAUCUGCUAAACAGAGACCAAAGGACAAGCCACUGACCACUAAACCCCCCAGCAGCAGUACUUUAAACUGGCUGAGCACUCCCUCGACUAGGGGCCAGGUGAAGUCCAGAGCGCCCUGCGACGGAGUGCAUCGAAUCAGAGUUGAUUUCAAGAGGGACCAUGAUGUGGAGAAGGUGUGGGAGGCUGGUGGCCUCAGCCUGCUCACCUCUGUGCCUGUUACACCCAGGGUGCUCUGCUUUUUAUGUGCAAGCAGCGGAAAUGUUGAGUUUGUCUUCUGCCAGGUAUGCUGUGAACCCUUCCAUCUUUUUUGCCUUGGGGAGUCAGAGCGUCCUCUCCAGGAGCAGUUCGAGAACUGGUGUUGUCGGCGAUGUCGAUUCUGCCAAGCUUGUGGGCGCCAGCAUCAGAAAACUAAACAGCAGCUGCUAGAGUGUGAUAAGUGCCGUAACAGCUAUCACCCGGAGUGCCUGGGUCCCAACCACCCCACCAGACCCACCAAGAAGAAAAGAGUCUGGGUUUGCACAAAGUGUGUGUGCUGUAAGAGUUGUGGAGCCACCAAACCUGGGAAGUCCUGGGAUGCCCAGUGGUCACAUGACUUCUCCAUGUGUCAUGACUGUGCCAAGCUCUUUGCUAAAGGGAACUUCUGCCCACUGUGUGAUAAGUGCUAUGAUGAUGAUGACUUUGACAGCAAGAUGAUGGAGUGUGCCCGUUGCAGCCAUUGGGUUCAUGCCAAGUGUGAGAAUCUGACAGAUGAAAUGUACGAGCUGCUGUCAAAGCUGCCAGAGAGUGUUGCCUACACUUGUACCAAAUGUACCGAACGCCAUCCGGCUGAGUGGAGGACAGCCGUGGAGAACGAGCUUCAGGGCAGCAUUCGCCAUGUCCUUACUGCACUGUUAAACUCACGCACAUCCACACACCUGCUACGUUACAGACAGGCGGUGAAGCCUCCAGAGCUAAAUCCAGAGACAGAGGAGAGUCUUCCAUCCCGUCGUUCACCAGAGGGUCCAGACCCUCCAAUCCUUACAGAAGCCACUGCCACUUCUUCUAGCGACUCCCCUCCAGACCUGGAGUCUGUUGAGAAAAAGAUGGAUCAGGGCCGCUACAACUCAGUGCUGGAGUUCAGUGACGAUGUAGCUCGAAUCAUUCAGAUGGCCAUCAACAACGACGGUGGUCAGCCGGAGAGCAAGAGAGCCAACAGCAUGGUCAAGUCUUUCUUCAUUCGACAAAUGGACCGAAUCUUCCCAUGGUUCAAAGUGAAAGAGUCGACGCUCUGGGAAAGACAAAAAGUCUCUGCCAACAGUGGGCUCCUCCCGAAUGCUGUACUGCCUCCUUCACUGGACCACAACUAUGCCCAGUGGCAGGAGAGACAAGAGCUUUCUCGCGCUGAACACCCCCACCUCAUGAAAAAGAUCAUCCCAGCUCCCCGACCCAAGACCCCCGGGGAACCAGAUUCUCCAGUUUCCCCUCCUCCAGUCCUUCCCACUUUACCCCCACCACCCCCACUCCUACCUGACUGUGAAGAAAGUCCAGAAGUUCCUCUUCCUCCAGGCGUUAGUGACAACAGGCAAUGUGUCCUGUGUCUGAAGUAUGGAGAUGAGAACACUAAUGAGGGUGGUAGGCUGCUGUACAUCGGCCAGAAUGAGUGGACCCAUGUGAACUGUGCCCUGUGGUCUGCAGAGGUGUUUGAGGAUGAUGAUGGCUCACUGAAGAAUGUUCACAUGGCUGUUCUCAGGGGAAAACAGCUGCGCUGUGAAAAGUGUCAAAAGCCAGGGGCCACAGUUAGAUGCUGUCUGACGUCCUGCACCAACACCUACCACUUUAUGUGCGCUCGCCACUGUCACUGCGUCUUCCUUGAGGACAAGAAAGUCUAUUGUACAAAGCACAGGGACCUCAUCAAAGGAGAAGUGGUGUCUGGGUUCGAAGUAACUCGCAGGAUCCUGGUGGAUCUGGAGGGAAUAAGUCUCAGGAGGAAGUGGCUGGCUGGACUUGAACCUGAAAAUGUUCAUAUGAUGAUUGGAUCCAUGACGAUUGAUUGUUUGGGGGUACUGACAGAGCUCUCCGACUGCAAACGCAAACUCUUCCCUGUAGGAUACCAGUGUUCAAGAGUGUACUGGAGUACCUUAGAUGCUCGAAAGCGCUGUGUGUAUACCUGUAGGAUUUUAGUUUGUCACCCUCCAGUGGUGGAGUCUGACCUGAAGAGCAUGAUGGCCCCAGAGGAAAACCACACAAUAGUGCACAGUCCACCUCCAAUAGCAGAUUUUCCUGAUCCAUUUGAAUCUCCAAGACGCUCCGACACGCUUUCCCCUGCUAACACACCCAAACUCAGGGUUUACACCAGAAAUCGACACCCCAGUUAUCCCCCUUGUCAGCGCUCACUCUGUCUGAGCCCCAUGCCCUCCCCAGGAGGCGUGUCUCAGCCCCAAAGCCAUGAAAUUGUGACAGUGGGAGAUUCCCUAGUGAACCCAGGCAUGCGUAGUAUUGACUCUCGCCGCCACAGCUCCCCUUCUCUCUCCCCUCCUUCCCAUCAGAUGAACAGACAGAGGGGGGUGACCUCGCCACCUCACAUUUUGCCACGACCCCUUACCUCACCCCCUCCUCUCAUUCCUUCCCCUGCAAGAGACCCUGAAAAGUCCAAACAUCUCAGCAAAGACUUGGCAAAGAUUGCCAUUCAUAAAGACGACGAAAGAUCUAGGGCGUUUUCCACUGACAGAAACCGACAGCAACCAUCUAGAGACCAAGUGAUGAGAGAUGCUGACAAGGGAAGAGUAAUCAGUCGGGACCAGGGUUCCAAUAAUUCUGAAAAGAAGAGAUCAUCCAGAGAACUUGGGCAAAAAGACUCUGACAAGGGUGAACAAGCAACCAAAGACCAAGAGAAGAAAAGAUCAUUGAGUAAAGACUCAGGUUUGCAAGACUAUGACAGGGGAAGAACCUUAAAAGAAUCAGAAAAGGGAAGACAAGUAAACAGAGACUCUGAAAAGGGGAGACUAGCAAGCAGAGAGUCAAGCAAUAGAGAAUCAGAUAAGAGCAAAUCAUCCUCUAGAGAUACUGGUUAUAAGGAAACGGAAAAAUCUGGGUCACUCAAUAGAGAUGUGGGGGUCAGGGACUCUGAGAAGCAUAGACACCACGGCAGGGAGACAGGAAAGGACUUAAGCCAAGGCAAGGACAAACCAUCUAGCAGAGACUCUGACAAGGGUAGACCUUUCUCUAGAGAUUCCAGUUAUAGAAGCACAGAAAGAAACAGGGAGUCUGGCUCAGGGAAGGACAGUAACCCUGGCACGCAGUCCAAACUGACUGGAGGUGAGAGUAAAAGCCUCAGACUGGCACCUGCAGGAUCAGGCCAGUCCUCCCCUCCUGUGGGCACUGCUGUUCUCACAAGUCAACAGCGAGGCGGUAGCAUGAGGCAGACUGCCAAGCACGCUAAGCACGGAGGCAAAGACCAUGAUUUUUCCGCAGGCCUAGGUUUGUUGCCCCGCCCACGGUCUACCCCUGCCUCCAACAUCAGCCAGCCUAAAGACAAGCCUAGCUCAGGGAAGGAGAGUAGUAGUGGCACUGGAAACAUAAUGCCAGCUUCACACCAUAAAGAUUCUGUUGUUAGGAAAUCCAGCUCCCCGCAGCCUUUUCAGAAAUUCAAAUCAAAUUCACGAAAGUCAAACGAUUACUCAUCAACCACAGCAGGAGCUUUAAAGCCUUCGUGGCCAUCGAGGACACCAGGAGAAGACAGUGUUGUCAAGCGGGGCUCGGUGCACAUGGCCUCCUCAGUUGCAGCUUCAGCUGCCAAAGACAAGCACCCCAAAGUUAAGACCGCAUGCAGAGAGGUAUAUAAUGACCGCGAAAGAGAGAAGACCCUCCAAAACAGCAACAGCAGCAACAAAAUUCCCCUUCUCAACAAUAACACAAAAGCUCUCUGCAGCUCCAACACGCAUCCUACAAACCCCGGUACUCACAACAGCAGCAACAGCAGCAACAGCAGCAAAGCUCCAGUGCUCGGACACAGCACCAAAACGCAAGCAAAGACUCAGGGGGAGAAGCAUGAGAACCAAGGGGACAGGUCCUCCUCAAAGAGCAGAGAAAAUUAUUCCUGUCCUGAGAGAAAAAAUAUCUCCAAUCUGGACAAUUUAUCACAUCUGCAGCAGGCUGGUUUAGUACCAGAGAAAGUAAAGACUCUCACUUCUCACACCAAACAAGCAAGUAACCAGCUGUCGGUGUCCUCCAGAGAGAAAAAGAGAUCUGUUAAAUCCCCCACUGUGACUCCACUCAAGAGUGAUGUCAAGACUGACCCUAAUGGAACCAGCACUGUUGGUGGUAUCUCUUCUUCCUCUUGUCCCGCAUCCACUACCUCCACUGUUACUACUGUUGGCCAGGGAACUCGCCUCCCUGCCCACUCCACUCUCUGCUCAUCACUCUCUGCCAGCAGCAGCGACAGCUCCGAAUCCGACACUCAGACUCAGACGGAGGAUGACGAUUUACACAAGGACUCACACAGUGAACUCAGAAGUCACCAUGGCCUCCUCACUCAACGCACUGAGGACGACGACGAUGGCGCAGAUGACCAUGACAGAGGUAGUGAUGACAAACAUCACGAGGACGACAGUGACGGCUCAGGGUCCGCCAAGCGCCGCUACCCUCGGCGCAGUGCCCGCGCUCGCUCCAACAUGUUUUUUGGCCUCACUCCUUUCUAUGGGGUUCGCUCAUAUGGUGAAGAGGACCUUGCCUUCUACAGCAGUGGAGAUGCUGCCGGAGCAAUGGUAAAGAGGAAACAUGGGGGCCGCAAGAAGUCAGCUGAGGGACAAGUGGAUGGAGCAGACGAUAUGAGCACCUCCUCUUCAUCAGGGGACAGUGGAGAGGAUGAAGACAGUGGAUUAAAGCCGAGAGGGAAAGAUCCUUACUAUUACAACUUCACGCGAACUAUAAUAAAUCCAGGAGACGGCCUUCCAUCCAUAGAAGGGAUAGACCAAUGUCUUGGACGGGGCUCCCAGCUCCAGCGCUUUCUAAAAGAUGAAGAGCAGCAGCAAAACAGGGCUCAAGGAAAGGCUGAGGAGGACCUACUAAGUGCUUUAACCUUAGGGAAGCAGCAUAUUGGACAGCUUGAUGGCAUUGAUGAUGGCUCUGAAAGCGAUACCAGCAUCUGCACCACCAGCACCACAACCACUAGGGCCACAUCCUCUUCCGCCCCACAUAAGAGCACUCCCAAGAGAAGGGGCAGAGAAAGGCACACAGAGAAACCUGACUCUCACGACACCAGCAAAGAGGCUGACAGCAGUGGUGGAGCAGUGAGCGGCAACACGCGGGAAAGCAGAAAGAACCAGAAAGAAAACUGUCUUCCUCUAGGAAGCGGCGUCAAAACGAGUCAGGAUCCUUUGGAGGCCCAGCUGUCCCUCAGCACAGACCUGCUUAAGUCAGAUUCGGACAACAACAACAGUGAUGAUUGUGGGAACAUUUUGCCAUCAGACAUCAUGGAGUUUGUUCUGAACACACCUUCUAUGUCAAUGCAGGCACUUAGCCAGCAGUCUGAGCCUUCCUCUUCAGAACUUUUGCUGGAUGAGAGUUAUGUUGGAGUGGAUGUCAACCGGCGGAAAGACAUUCUGUUUGAAGACUAUCCCCAGCCACUAUCCAGUACGGAUAGUGGAGGUGUGGUGGAGGGUAGUGUGAAUAGCUCCAUAUCUGUAGAGGAGCCAUAUCUUCCACUGGAGCUGCCGUCUGACCUCUCUGUCCUCACUACACGACCUGCUGUCAGCACCGGUCAGAACCAUGCAGGUGGUAGUCUCAUCUCAGAUACCUCAGAACGUACCAUGCUAGGCUUGACCUCUGACCCCGACACUAUCAGGGGAGAAAAGAGUAGGAACAAAAAGAGAGCAGGAUCAGGCGUUUCAGCAUCUGACAGUCAGCACGAUGCUACGGCUCUGGGAAACAAUCAGGAUGUUUCCAGGAGUUCAGGUACCCCUGGUCUGCCAAGUUCUCCGUCUCUGCCCCUUCAGGGUCAGAAGUACCUUCCAGCAUCAGCAGCUGCUGCAGCUGCAGGCAGCCCUAGUCCAGUCCCUGGACCUGGACCAUCCCAGGCUCAGGUUUCCAGCCCAGCUGUCAUCAAACCAGGUCCGGACAAGCUUAUUGUAGUUAAUCAGCAGUUCCAGCCACUGUAUGUUCUUCAGACUGUCCCUAAUGGUGUCACUCAAAAGAUUAGUGCCACUGGAGUGAUGGACACUACCUCUCCUGCAGUGCUAAGCUCUAUGACGCUUGCCACAGGGUUGAAUACUGGUUUGUCCACAGCCCAGCCAAUAUUUCCUGCAGGUGGCAAAGUCUUGGGCACGAUGCCUCACCCCUCUCAGAUCCACACCUUUACAGGAGCAGCACAGGCUGGCUUCCAGGCAGGAAUUCCCAGCACCACCUCAGGGCUUCUUAUCGGUUUGUCCUCUCAGCCCCACGAUCAAUCCCAGAUUCUGGUCUCAGAAGCUGGUCGACCUCACGAGUUGGGUCAUAGCGUUGCUAUAGUGUCGAGUCCCUCCUCCCUCACGUCCUCUCCUGCUGUUCUCGCCUCUGCUCCUGGCAGGAAGAGGCCCAUCUCUCGUCUUCAGCCAAAAAAAAGCAAAAAGUUGGCCCGCUCUCGUAGUCAGCCUACUCUGGCUCCAUCUGAAGUCGGCCCUCCUAAUAUGACCCUCAUCAACCUGUCGUCUUCUCCGAUUACUGCUGGUAUUCCUGGGCAACCUGGGAGCUUGGUUGAGCUAAGCACUCUCUCCACAUCUCAGCGCAAAGUUCCAAAUAUUAUCAAAAGACAAAAAUCCGGUGGGGUAAUGUACUUGGAUCCCACUACUCUCCUUCAGCAGAGGAUUCCUGGUCCCUCUCAGCCCGGUAUCCUGGGUCACGAUUCCUCAACACAUCUUCUUCCUUGCACAGUCUCUGGUCUUAACCCCAGUCAGUCUGUGUUGAAUGUUGUGUCUGUGCCCCCUAGUGGUGCUACUGGCAUUCUUGCACCAGGAUCAGUAUCACUCUCUACCCCUGUGCUCGGCUCUACUGAGAUAACGGGACCAAUCAGCAACCUCCUGUUUAAAGCGAGUCCACACAGCUUGGGCCUGUCAGAUCAGCCCGUGGUCCUUCAGUCAGCAGGAGGAGCUCCUCUGAUGUCACAGCUGAGCACCCCCGUGCAGACGUCAAUAGCCAGUAGCAUCUGCGUCCUACCCUCCCAACAGACUAUAAGCAUGGCUGUCAACCAGCAAGUAGAAACAGAUGGAAGUAACGUCCAGUUACAGCAUCAGAUCCAGCCUCAUAACAGACCUAAAACUAUGGAUUCCAGUCAAAAUGCUACUGUUACCUUAGCCCCCGCCCCUUCCACAACUCUAAGCCCAGCCAAGGGACACGUUGUUGGAGUAUUCACUCAGAAACAAACCUCUGUGCACUGCCAGAGCAGCAGAACAAUGCCUAUUUCCAGAUCCUCGGAGCAAAAGACGUCCUACUCUGCUACAUUAUUGCCAGCCUCAUUUGCACUUUCAGGAGUGGAAAAGGCCAAACAGAAGACGAAGAGAAGUAGGCAGAGUCCAGACAUAACCAGCGGGAAGAAGCUUAAGGCUUCUCAGGCAGACGAGCACCACGGCAACCCUGCAGGACGGCACCCAUCAAACCCAAGGUCCAAAGAGCUUAACUUACCUGAACCCAUGGAUACUGGCAAGCCAGCAGAUAAGGCAACCAACAAAAGUAAUAAGAAGACGCAGGAAGGUCUCUUUUUACCUGGGAAGAAGGUGGGGAAAGACAAACCAUCUGCACCUGGAGGAGCAGGGUCUCUUCCUGUAACUUUACUACCUGACCAGGAUGGCAACAGCAUGGAUAACGGCCUGGAUAGCAAACCCAAGAAAGGCAUCAUCUUUGAAAUCUGCAGCGAGGAUGGCUUCCACAUCCGCUGCGAAAGUAUUGAGGAAGCUUGGAAGUCCUUGACUGAUAAGGUGCAGGAAGCUCGCUCCAAUGCACGACUCAAGGAGCUCUGUUUUGAAGGUGUGAAUGGACUGAAGAUGCUGGGAGUCGUUCAUGAGGCCGUGGUCUUCCUGCUGGAGCAGCUGUAUGGCUCCAGACACUGUAGAAGCUACCACUUCCGCUUCCACAAACCAGAGGAAACAGACGACCCCCCCAUUAAUCCCCAUGGAUCGGCUCGUGCAGAGGUCCACCACAGGAGAUCUGUAUUUGAUAUGUUUAAUUUCUUGGCCUCAAAACAUCGCCAGCCUCCCGAGUACAGGCCACAGGAAGAAGAUGAUGAGGAAGGACAACUGAGAACUGCCAGGCGACCGUCCAUGGAGCUGCCACUGGCUGUAAGGUUCAAAAACCUCAAGGCCACUUCCAAGGAAACUGUUGGCGUCUACAGGUCUCCUAUUCAUGGCCGAGGUCUGUUCUGCAAGAAAACCAUUGAUCCUGGGGAAAUGGUAAUUGAAUACUCUGGAAACGUCAUUCGGUCUGUGCUCACUGACAAACGAGAGAAAUAUUAUGAUGGAAAGGGGAUUGGCUGUUACAUGUUCCGCAUCGAUGACUACGAGGUGGUGGACGCCACGGUGCAUGGCAACGCUGCCCGCUUCAUCAACCACUCCUGCGAGCCCAACUGCUACUCUCGGGUGAUCACAGUGGACGGCCAGAAGCACAUUGUCAUCUUUGCCUCUCGGCGCAUCUACUGUGGCGAGGAGCUCACCUACGACUACAAGUUCCCCAUCGAGGACGCCAGCCACAAGUUGCCCUGCAACUGUGGCGCAAAGAAGUGUCGCAAGUUCCUCAACUGAAGCCUGUGUCUAAAUAAGAGGAGUGCAGGUCUGUUCAACAGCAGUGCCACGGUGUUCCGAGCACACCCCAGCUGGCAGGUCGCGGUGGCUCAGCGCCAGUCGCUCUCGGUUGGGUCCGCGUAGGACCAGAUAUGCCAACGGGACUCAUGCUCUCUCAGUGUUGCUGCUGGUGCUGGCAGAACGCAGAAGAGACCGCUUUUGUGAGUUGCAUUGAUUAUGCAGAAAAGGCCAUUUGGAGGAGGGGCCAUUUGUAGAAAUUACAGCAUAUUGUGCCUCUUUAUGUGUCAUUUACAUUUGGCAUGGGAAUUUUCACCCUAAGAGGUGAAUGAUGUGAGUUCUUUAGCCUUCACAGCAUUGCAAUAUCAGCUUUUAUUUACAUUUUGGUGAUUCAUAUUCGUUUUACAUUGGCCCAUCCUCCUUAAAUCUAAAUGAUUCAAAAAUGCUGAGAAGUGAACGUAGAAGGAAAAAAAAAAUCAAAGGUUCAAUUUUACACCAAAGUGCAAUUUGUUGAAGGGACUUGGAACAACGUUAAUUUUACUAAAUAGCUAAAUGGAAAACUUUGUUAGAAUUUCUUUUUAUAAUCUCAGUGUCAGUUGUUGAUGCACCUUGUCUGAAUGUGCCCUGAUGCGUUCAGGGGCAUUGUGAUUAUUGAACCUUCCCCUAGCUGGCUUUUUGAGAAGCUCGGAGGCGUGUACAUCUGAUGCUGUAAAUAGGAGGUGUUCAGGUGGAAACACUAGGGGGAGCAGUGGCCACAGAGAAGAAGAGAGGAAGGAAGACAAGGCGGUAGCAGUGUAGAUUUUUUCGGGGUCAUUCGUGUAAAGGGUGAUGUUUGAGGUUGAUACCAGUCGUACUUAAACAGACCGUUAGUCUGACAGCUUGGUAGCUAUGUACACUUGUUGGGGUCUAGCCUCUGGCCUGAGAGUGCGAGGCAGCUAGAGAUUCUGGUGGACUGACAGCCAAGGGACUGGAGAACCCUACUGAUGUGCUUUAGUAGACAUAUUUAUAAUUGAUUUUUUGGGGGGGGGAUUUUACUGAGAUUUACAGGCGUGUUGCACGUUUGUGCAUGCUGUUGUUGUUAUAAGACUUGUUCUUGGAAAUUAAAUAAGCUCGAACUUUUGACUCGCGUUCCAAAUUACAGCAGCAGAGACAACCAAACAUCACACCCUUAAAUUGAGUUGUCACACAGCUUGUGUUCUUUAUAGCCUGUUGUGAUAACCGUUACUAUGGAAAAUGUUUUUUAUUUGUAUUAAGUCUGUUAUGUGUCUUUUUAUUAUGGACAAGAAUAUUAUGCUAAAAUCAAAUGUAAAUAAUGUAUAUUUUUCUACAAAAAAACUCAAAAAGCACUCACUAGUGGAUAGCACUUAAUGAUGUAUUUAUAUUUUUAAAAAAAUCGUAUUUAUUUUAUUGCAUUUUUGUAGGAAAUAGAGGUUUACAAACACUAAUGCUCGGGCUCUAUGUUUUGUAUUCCGCUGCCUUUUCAACGUUGUUUUUGUCGUAAUAUUAUUUUUUCUCUCUUAAUUUGUAGCCUGAAUGUUUUCUUUGAUUCCAAAGACUGACGCUGGUCUGUGGCUUAGUCCCCCAUUACUUCAGUCCACCAGUAGCUCUUUAUUUAUCCCAGGCCGUUUGGUCAGAGCUGACAGCUUCUUUCAUUGUUCAGUAUGGCAGUCAUGUGAACUACUAUUAUGCACUUGAGAGUUUAGCCUUAUCGUCUCCACACCACAUCACACCGAGGAAUCAAGUCCACUCACCGGCUUUUAUCGAGGCGGUCUCACCACAUGACGCGGUUUGGAUUCGCACACUAUUUGACGGCGGGUCACAUCCCAUCGGUUCACGGGCUCGGCCUAAGACAAAGAGGUGCCUUUAUGUUAACACCACCGGUUCUCAUACCUUGUUUGAGCGUCUCAUCCGUGCUCGCCAGCAUUUGCGUUUUCAUUCAGUCUGCUGGUGGUCGGCUGUAGUAAUAAAUGAGGACACCUCUCCUCCCUCACAUGCCUUCUCCCCCUGAACAUUUAAUUAGACUGUUGAAACUGACAGUGCAACUGAGACCACGUUGCCCCAGUUUUAAUUCGUUUCUCCGUUCAUACUGACUUUGUUGUUAUUACCUUAAGGCCGUUAGCGGUUGCUCCCGUGCUGCCCCCUCUUUGACUCACACAUGGUUUGCACUUUAGCUGUGACACAGGCACUGAAACAGACACAGACAAACGACAGCUCUUUCUCCAGGCAGAUAAUGCAACUCCAAUGCUGAAAUCACAACCAUCAAGACUUUGAGUUUGUGCAUUAGGCCCUCAGUUCAGUCAAACCAGAGUUGGUCUCGAGGACUCUUGAAAGUGGUGUUUGAGGCUCUAGUAAAGUGCACUUGACUCUUUUCUGCAACAAAGUGAAGGCAGGGACCACACCAGCAGCCCUUUCCUUCCUGAAGGUGCAGCGUGUACCACCCUCGGCUGUACCUUUCCAUUUAGGGCCCGAGAUCAGGUCUUGAGGCCCCACCAAUUUAACUGACAGCCCGGCCCUGCGGUCGUACAGCUGCACCUAUACUGGGCUCGCUGGGUUCUGCUGCUAAGGUCAACAAUGAAUGUAUAAUCCUCCUCCACAUCACCGGGCUUGACGUGAUGAUGUUGAUACCUUGUCAGCUACAUUUGUUUUCAGUUGUUGUCUCAGUAGAUAUGGAAGACGUGCAGGCAGCAGCGCCGCGCACACAAUACAGACGUGUGAACAGCGGCGGCAUUUGUGUGUGAGGGACGGCAGGUUUUUACCGGAUUAGCUCCAACGGUUCACGCUAGCAUCGGCGACAACACAUUUGCUGGUGCCAAGGGCUCUGUCUACGACCCACUUCUCCAGAUCCACUUCCGCGAAUUCAGGGUCGAAAGGUUCAGUCAACAGUCAGUCGUUUAUUUUAAGGCAUUUAACAGCAUAUACAAUACGAAAAUGGUCUCUGUUGUUUCUUUGGACUUCGUUGUACCACGCCACACCAGUGGCCCUUCUCCGUCAUCAUCUGUAAUUAUAGUAUAAAUACAUAACAAUAUUAUACGGAAUCAUGCAUAGUAAUUUCUUGUACUUUAGUAUCUAUACAAUAUAUGGAAUGGACAGACAAACUUAGUUACAGUAGCAAAACAGCAGAUUUAUAAUGGUUAAUAGCAAUGUUUCAGUGUACUCUAUAAUGGUUUUGUGUUACAGUACUAUCAGAUGAAACUAACGUGCAUCAUUCUUUUGUAUAUUGAUAUCCAGUACCAAUUUUGCUGUGCCUGUGAGUGUUCCUUCACCAGCAAGGAGCACUGCAGUUCUUCGUUUGUUUGGUUUUUUUUUUUUGUUUUGUUUUUUUACUUUCUUUCUGGGAAGGAACGGUUUUUAUGUGAUGACAAAUGUAACUGUAUUAAUGUGGUUGUGAACUUCUUGAGGUCAGCCAUUUUCUUUUUUCCUCCUGGUUGUUGUAGUGAAUGUUUUUUCUGUUUUACGUUCUAACAGGGACUUUUUUAGACAGCUUACUUGAUGUGGUGAAAAAUAAAGAGUUUGGUUUGUGGAGACCGAUUGGGGAGUUUUAAAGGCGGCGCCAAAAUGGCAUACUUCAUGUCUCCCUCAUCACCAAUCUCUCCUCCGAAGCUUUGGUUGUACUUAUCCUGUACUGUUUUUAUAGAAAGUCAUAAUGCUGAUGUUGAAAACGUUUAAUUUAUUUAUUUUGUGCAACAUCCACCCUGGGUUGUUCUUUUCACAAGUCAAGGUUUGGGAGCGGCUCGACGAGUUCUUAAGUAUUUGUAAUUUUCUAAUUGUUUCUUGUGUAUCAAAGUUAUCGGCCUAUGAUGGGAGGUGGUGUCACAGAGCGAGCGGACGAGCUAAUUGAGGGAUCACGCAUCAAGAACAGGCUUGUUUUCUUAUGCCUUGAAUAUACCUUUGUCUUAUCAAUAUUUCUCCUGCUCUCUGUAAUAACGGUAUCCAUGAGUUCAACAGUCAUAUUUUCGACAGUGUUCUUUCAACACAUCAACGAAAUGAAGGAAACCACCACAGUGAAAAUAAACCACAAACUACUUGGUUGAAUGUAUAAUUAGGAAACAAAGUUGUACAUACGUGUAAAAAGAAAAAUUUCUAAUCAUGUUUAUUUUCUAUGCACAUUUUUUAUUUAAGUGAUAGUUUAAAUAAUAAACAUGUCUCCUUUACUCUG